UCCAAAUAUAUACAUGUGUCCUAAGUCUUGAAGAAAAAAAAAAAGAAUCGGGAAAUUUCGUGUUUCCGCAAUACUGCUGUACCAUUAUGACCGUGACUGGAGUGCAAAUUAUUACCAGGAUAGCGUGUGAAUCAAUCGGCAAGCGAACAGCACCGCGUCACACACCGUGGUCCGCGAUCGGCCGAUCCUCAGCUGUAUGGGCAGGCAUUUUCGCUCUGGUAUGCCACGAAUAUCCGCUCGUAAUUAUGCUUCAAUUUUUACCCAACUACAUGCGCGAUGUGUUACAAUUUGCGCCUGCAAAAAACGGUAUUGUAUCAGCAGUGCCAAUUGCCUGCUUAUUUGUGAGUAAAACGCUCUCAUCCAGCAUUUCCACAUGGCUUACAAAGCACACCGGAUGGACAAAAACAAAUAUUUGCAAGAUGUUCAACGGGAUUGCGUCGGCAGGGUUGUCGGUGUGCGUCUUGAUGGUACCACAAUUUGAUAAAGAGAGAUCAUUUUUGGCAACAGCUGCUUUAUGCGGUGCUAUGCUUUUUGCG